AUGAAUCAAAAUGAUUUGCUCUAUUUUUUAUUUAAUGUAUUUAAAUAUCUCCUAAUAUAUAUCUUGCUAGGUAGGUAUUUAAUUAAUAAGUAAUAUUUAUUAAAGAUAAAUAAAUUAAUUAAAAAUCAAAUAGCUAAAGCAUUAAACAAAAAAACAAAUAUAGAUAAAAUAGAUCCAAUAAAUAAGAUGUCUCACAACGCCUAAUUCACUAAUUUGAGAAACUUCAACUAUUAUGACUUCUAAACAGACAUGAGCAACCAUACAUUGGCUGAAUACAUUUGGAUUGAUGGUACAGGUAAGAAUCUUCGUUCCAAAACUAGAGUUUAUGAAAAGAAAAUUGAAAAACUUGAAGACCUCGACUGGUGGACCUAUGAUGGUUCUUCUUGCAGCCAAGCUGUUACUGGAGAUUCCGAAAUUUGGUUAAAGCCUGUCUAUAUGUGCAAAGAUCCCUUCAGAAAGAAUAUUCAUGGUUUACUCGUUCUCUGUGAAACAUACUAAGGAGAUAGAACUACUCCUGCUAGAGGUAACUUUAGAUACCUAACAAAGAAAAUUAUGGAUGAAGCCUAACACGAAGAACCCUGGUUCGGUAUUGAAUAAGAAUACUUCUUAUUCUCAAGAACAGGAACUACUCAUGCUUGGCCCUUGGGAUGGCCUGAAGGUGGUUUCCCUAACCCUUAAGGAAGAUACUACUGCUCUGUUGGUGAUUUCAACUGUUUUGGUCGUGCAAUUACUGAGGCUCAUAUCAGAUGCUGUCUUGCUGCUGGAAUCAAAAUUGCUGGUAUAAAUGCUGAAGUUGCACCUGGUUAAUGGGAAUACUAAAUUGGUAUUACUAAAGGUAUUGAAUGUGGUGAUUAAAUGUGGAUGUCUAGAUAUAUUUUACUUAGACUUGGUGAAGAAAUGGGUGCUCAUGUUGUAUUCGAUCCUAAGCCUAUCAAGGGAGAUUGGAAUGGUUCAGGAGCCCACACCAAUUAUUCAACAAAUAAGACAAGAGCAGAUGGUGGUCUUGAUUAUAUUUUGAAUAAUCAUCUUCCUAAGCUUAAAGAAAAGCACUUAGAACAUAUUUUGGUUUAUGGUGAAGGUAACAAGGCUCGUUUAACAGGUUCAUACGAAACUAGCUCUAUCCAUACUUUCAGCUAUGGAGAAGGUAGCAGAGCAUCUUCUGUAAGAAUCCCUGUCUACACUACAGGCUUAAAGAAAGGUUAUUAUGAAGAUAGAAGACCUGCCUCUAACAUAGAUCCUUACUUAGUUAGUGGUAUUUUGGUAGACACUACUGUCCUUGACUCCAAGUAUUGCGAUGAAAUCGUUGCUGCAUAUAAAAAAUUCAGAAGAUCCUUAGUUGAUGUUACUGAGUAAGACUAAGAAUGA